UGCUGCCAUUAAGGAAAAGUAUAAGAAAUUCUCAAAGAAUGAGAAGAAUGAACACUUGAACAUGCUGCAUCACACUGUUUACGAUGGUUCGGGUGACAUCAGGGCUCACAUUGACAAGCUCAUGGGCCACUAUCAUAAACUUAAGGCCAUGGAUAUGGACCUUGGUGAGGAUUACAUGGUGUGGUUAGUGAUGGAGAAUAUUCCAUCUCAGUUUGAUUCAAUCAGAUCAAGCUACAAUGCUCAGAAGGAGCAAUGGACUGUUGGGGAGAUGUCUGCUAUUCUUGCCAAGGAAGAGGAGGACAUGAGAAAAGGUAGGGCAAGAAGUAUCUCCAUGGUGACGAACCCAAACAAUCCUCACAAGAGAAAGUUCACUUCCAACAACUCUAGUGACCAAAAGCAUCCUAAGAAGAAAGCCAACCAUCCUAAGGGAAAUGGGCAAGCUAGCUCAUCUUCAACUGGUCAUAAGAAUGAGUUUUUCAAAGGGAAGUGCAACUUUUGUCAAUGCUUUGGGCAUAAGAAAGCUGAUUGUCGAAAGCUCAAAGCUCACUUAGAGAAGAAAGGCAGUGACAAACCGAAGAAGACCGAGUAGGUUGGAGGAGCAUGUAUACAUGGGAGACGAUACUAAAGUCAGAGUUGAAUUUUUUGGGACUGUCAGACUGCAGCUAAAUACUGGGCAUUUUUUGGAGUUGCAUGAUGUUGCUUAUUUACCCUCUAUUAGGAGGAAUUUGAUUUCUGUAUCUAUUUUGGAUAGACUAGGUUAUAGUCUUCAUUUUGGAUCUGGAAAACUGACUUUGUAUUGUGACUCUAUGUUGGUUGGAAAUGGAACUUUAUGUGGAAACUUAUAUAAGCUUGAUUUACAUGAUGU